AUGAGGACUAAGGAGGAGAUAAUAGCCGGAUAUGGUAGAGGAAAGACCAGAGUCGAAGAGAUGAGGUCAGAGAUUGAUGGAUUCGGGAGGAGACACAAAUUAUUGUUACAAUGUGAUCGUGGUGGCACCUACAAUAGUAAGAAAACAUCCACAAGUAUUAUAUAUGGAGGGCAUUCUUAUGUCGGUAAGCUUUCUGCUACUGAAAAUGAAAUAUUGGUAGAUAUGUCAAAGAAUUUGGUGAAGCCACAAAACAUCUUAUACACGUUAAAGAAUAGGGAUCCGAACAACGUGUCCACCAUUAAAACUAUAUACAAUGCACGCCAGAAGUUUCGAACUGCAGAGAAAGUUGGUAAAUCCCAAAUGCAACAACUCAUGUCAUGCAUACACCAUUACGAGUAUGUUUUCUUUCGUCGAAGCAAUGCUCAGGCUAAUAAACUUGAAGAAUUAUUCUUUGCACAUCCAAACUCGUUAGAACUAUUGUUCAGGAUGCCUCUAUUUGAGAUUGUGGGCGUGACUUCAAUGAAGAUGACAUUUUGCGUAGGAUUUGUUUUCUUGCAAUCAGAAAAAGGAGGACAAUUAUACUUAGGCACUGAAUUAUGGCACAUCGACAAAGUUGUUAUAGCCCACUGUAAAAAAUCAUUUCGAGACAAGGAAUCCUGGGCUUCAUUCUACUCCAUGUGGCACACAUUAAUAGAAUCGGAAACCAAGAAUGCGUAUAUGUACAAUUUAUUUGAUCUUCAGAUAAUUUUACAAAAUUACUCCAAAGUCCUGCAUUAUAUUAAAGAUGUAUGGUUGACCCCAUAUAAGGAGAUGUUCAUAUCCGCCUGGACAGACACCUAUAUGCACUUCGACAACCUAACCACUAACAGAGCCAAGAGUCAGCAUUCGAAGUUGAAACGAUACUUGGGCACACCUCAAUCAAACUUGGAGUCAGCAAUGUCAUCUAUGCAUCAGCUCAUCCAAGUGGAUGCAUUGAAUUUGAUUUGGUUGGAAUUUGAAUGGUCUAAAGUUGUUGGAGAAGACAUCUACUCUUGCAGAUAUAAACUUCGUACGAGUAAUGGAUUGUCAUGUGCGCAAGAGCUUGCAAUAUACACGAAUGAAGAUCAUCCUAUACCACUUUCUUGCAUUGAUAAGUUUUGGAAAAAACUUGACUUAUUGCCAAGUGUUUCACCUGUCAAUGAUGAAAUCAAUUGUAGUGUCGAGCUACAAAUGUUCACAGAACAGUUUAAACAUCAAUCAAGGCCUAGUAAAGUCAGUCUAUUAACGAAGUUGAGGGAGAUAAUUAACCCAUCAAUAACUGCUCUUCUUCAACCAGUUGUUAAGACAAAUAUUCGUGGACGCCCCUCCUCAAAGAAGAAAGAUCCAUGUAAACACAAUUGUUCAUCAAUUCACCCCUCCUCAAAGAAGAAAGUAGACAGAUCUACUAGUGGUGAUGCAUCUGCAUUCGAGUUCGUUCAGCAAGAUUUUUGUUAUUCUCAAGAGCCAGGUAGACACAGUUGUUCAUCUCUUUACAACACUCCACCACUUCCUACGCAAAGGAUUUCAAGAUCGAGGUCAACUGCCCAUGAGUAUGUAUAUCUUAGUCAGUUCCCACCUAUAUUGCAUCAUUAUAUUAUGUUCGUAAAAGAUGUAAGAGCUUAUGGAAAUUAUAGCUUUCGGGCUAUUGCUGGAUUACUUGGUUUUGGAGAUGAUGCAUGGGUAAACGUCCCACAAAACUUGAUUGACGAGUUGUUGACAUUCUUGUCAGAGUAUGUUGAUUUAUUUGGUGGUUAUGAUGGGGCAUGUUCGAUUUACAACUCAUUGAACUUCUGGGAAUCAGAUAAACCAACACCACUUUAG